AUGUUACCAUUCGUAAGACAAGAGUUUAUCUACGUAGUGUUGAAGAAACUCAGAACAGUUUCAUUUCAGCGCACCCCAAUUCCACAACUUCGACGGCUAUUGGAGGCAUUAGCUUAUAACGAACAUUGUGAACGAUUAUCGUUAGCCAAUAUGGGCCUUUACGACAAUGAUCUCGCAGUUCUCAUGCCAGUGCUCGAAAUUAAUAGGGGUUUGAAGAAACUCAAUAUCGAAACAAAUUACUUGAGCGGCGACUUCUUCAUCAAGUUCUUCCAAGCGGCUCUCACCAAUGAAACAUUAGAGGAGGUUAGAGCAGUCAAUCAGGGAACGUCGUUCAAAAACCUCGAGGAAAAAGAGAUUGUUGAUGCCAUCGUCGCCAACACCGGCUUAACCAAGGCACGAUUAGAUGUCUUUCCAUCCAUGUCAAACUUACUUC